AAAUAACUGCAUUACAGUACUGAUUGUCGUGCCCACUUUCCGGGUUUUCUGUCUGUCCGGUCCUCUCACCCCCUCCCUUCGAGAGCUCCUUCUCGCAAACACUCAUCUUUAUCGCACUCUUACCCAAGUCUCGUGUUUCUGGAGUUUGGCACACGCACAACAUUACACUGGUCGCUGUCAUCUAAAUAUGUCGCUGUAAACGAGGAAAGAGAAGCCGAGGGAAGAUGAAAUCGGCGCGUCUGUGGAUUCUUGUCUGUUUGGCGACUGCGUGUUGUCAGCUUGGAACCGGUGAUAGAUACGGUUGUCUUUUUGAUGAAGGCCUGUGCUCCAGUGGUCAGGCUUGCUGGGAUGAUGAGCUGUUUGGUCAGUGUCUUACACAGAAGCAGGAAAGGUUUCGCUACAGGGUGACUGCAGUUUUACUGGACAGACUGCAGUCAUUACUGCAAACGCUAAUGAAGGAAGGAUUAACUUGGCAGGAUGAUGUCACCCAAUCAAUGAUUAAGAAAGAGCUUAGCAAAGUUCCGAAAAUCCUACUGUCUUCUGGGAUAAAGAAUGACCCAUCCACAGAAUCUAGAAGUGGCGCUACAAACCAGCUCAAACCCAAACUGGUGCAGCCCUAUAUGGACUACAUGAUCGUCGAUCCACCUCAGUCAUCUCUCCAUAUGCAGAGUCUGGAUCCUUAUAGUUACCAGCGAUAUGGCUACCAAGAUGAAGAGGAGCGUUCUUUGAACCUGGUGGAGGGAGGCAGGUACCCACCGGCCUCCUCUCGCAUUAGGGGAAAUUCACCACUUCCUCCAUCUCUAGAUAAAGAUGACCAGCUUCUGCAGGAUCUGAUGACUCUCCUCAUUUCUUCGCCUGCACAGCCCACAUCACGCCAUCGUGUGGCAGCGCCUCACUCCACCUCAUCUUUUUUCCAGGAUCUGGACUUCCCGCUUGACUACAAGGACUAUAACAAGGACUUCUUUUCCCACGAUGAAAAGAUCAAUAGCCAACAGGAGCAAAAGAAAGGUCCUCAGAAGUAUGGAGUGUUUUCUGGGCACAGUGGACCCACUCAACAAAGUCUAAAAGAGCUGCUCAGGCAACAUGGAUUUGAUCUAAACCACCUGAACCCUGAAGAGAUGGAGCGUCUGUUCACUGUCCUUCAGCUCCUGCCAAACAAACCAACAAACAAUCAGAGAAAACCUGAAACAAAGGAUUCCUCUUUGUCUCCAAAAGUGAUGAAGAUUAUGGAGGGAGAGAUGACCCAUGUGAUGGAGAAGGCUUCUGCACAGGCUACAAAUUCCUCCUUCCCUUCUCCACUCAACCCUGUGCCUGAAAACUCCCCUAAAGGGUCCCAAGGGGCCUCCCAGGAUAACUACAUCCCAUUGGGUGCUAGUGUAUUAAGACCUUCAUCUCUCAAACAAGAGGAAGGACGACUUGGCAAAGGAACCUUGAGUGUGAAACCACGAAAGAAUGAAACCAAGUUGAAGGAGGAAUUUGGAUACAUUUUAACCAAUCAGAGCCUUCUCACUCUGCCCGAUGGGGUUCGUCUACUGAAGACCCUUGCUGAGAGGAUCCAUCUCACCACUGACUCUUUCAUUAAUAUCAGUGUGGUUGGUCCAGCUGUCACUUUCCGGGUGCUCCCGAACAGCCAGAAUUUAACAGCAACUGAGGUGUCUGAAAAGGCUGUGGCUCAAAAGAACCUUCUAGAAUCAGAGACUGGUCUAAAGGUGCUUCAGGCAGGUGUUGGGGAGAAGAAUGAUGGCCAUGCGUUGCCAGUGGCAACACGUGUACAUGACAACACCCAGUGGGUGUUCCUUAUGUUUGUGGGUGUGGCUUGUGUGGGUGGACUCCUGGUGGGAGCACUGACCAUUGCCUGCCUGCGCACCCAUGCUCGGCAGUUGGCCUCAGAGAAACUGGGACUUGGACCUGAAGCAGGAAAUGUGACGCAUUAUGAGUACCAGGAUCUUUGUCGGCAGCACAUGGCUGCUAAGUCCUCUCUUGGAAGGCAGGACUGCGGGGUUGGAGCUGCAGGUGGUGCCGGUCCAGGAGGAGGAGGAGGUGGUGGAGGAACGGAUACGUCACGAGUCAGCAGUGUGUCGUCACAGUUCAGUGAUGCACCUCAGCCAAGCCCUAGUUCGCACGGCAGCACCCCCUCCUGGUGUGAGGAGCCAGCGCAGUCUAACAUGGAUAUUUCUACAGGGCACAUGAUACUGGCAUAUAUGGAGGAUCAUCUGAAGAAUAAAGACCGUUUGCUCAAAGAGUGGGAGGCUCUUUGUUCCUACCAGGCAGAACCUAGCACCAUCUCAGCUGCCCAGAGUGAAAGUAACAUCAAGAAGAACCGCUGCUCUGAUGCCGUGCCCUAUGACCAUUCAAGAGUGAAGCUGAAGGCUGAGAUUAACCCCUCCAGGACAGAUUACAUCAAUGCCAGCACCAUUAUCGAGCAUGACCCCCGGAUGCCUGCGUAUAUUGCCACCCAAGGCCCUCUCUCACACACCAUCUCUGAUUUCUGGCAGAUGGUUUGGGAGAGCGGAUGUACUGUCAUAGUGAUGAUGACGGCUCUGGUUGAGGACGGAGAAAAGCAGUGUGAUCGCUACUGGCCCGAUGAGGGCUCUUCUCUCUACCACAUUUAUGAGGUGAACCUGGUCUCUGAGCAUAUCUGGUGUAAUGACUUCCUGGUGCGGAGUUUCUACCUGAAGAACGUCCAAACCCAGGAAACUCGUACCCUCACUCAAUUCCACUUCCUGAGCUGGCCUGCACAGGGAAUACCAACCUCCACACGGCCUCUGCUGGACUUCCGCAGGAAAGUCAAUAAGUGCUACCGUGGCCGCUCCUGCCCCAUCAUUGUUCACUGCAGUGAUGGUACAGGCCGGACUGGAACAUACAUCCUGAUCGACAUGGUUCUGAACCGCAUGGCUAAAGGAGUAAAGGAGAUCGAUAUUGCUGCAACCCUGGAACAUAUUCGAGACCAGAGGCCAGGAAUGGUGCGCACCAAGGAUCAGUUUGAAUUUGCACUGACUGCUGUGGCUGAAGAGGUUAAUGCUAUUCUCAAAGCUCUACCGCAGUAAAAAAGGAUGCCCAUGACUGAGCAGGCACGCAAACACAUACAUACACGCUCACAAAUUAUGUGGCCACUGAGGUUAGUAUUAAGGAUGUGCAUGAGUCAACUAGUCGAGUACUCAUUCUGCACCUAACUACUUAACCCAAUAAACUAAUUGCAAAUUGAUUUUCCUUUUGCUGAAAUGACCAUUCUUACUAAAUCCUUACUAAAUCCUUCACUUAAAUCAUGUUGCAGCUAAGUAAGUGUGUUGAGUUGCACUGUGCUAUAAAGAGGUGAGAGACUUAAUUGUGCAAUGUUUUAAUCUUUAUGGUUGUUGUUAGAGUCAAGCUUUCCACUAGAUAAAUCCACUUUUAUGGUGCCGAGUGUUAAACUACAAGAGUUGUGAGAAACUAUUUGUGCAGCCUUUUUACACAGCAGAUUCUAUUAUUAGAAAAUUAAAAUGUCAACUUAAAGCAAUUGUAUUUCUGAAUAAUAAGUUAUCAGUAAUAAAACAAUAAAAUUAGAUUUUAUUAUUUUUAACCCAUUGGGUAAUUCUGGGUGAGUAGGUUUGUUUAUGAUUACAACAGAAAACUAAUAUUUUAUAUACAUAAUUUUAUUUUAAAUAUUCAACUAGACAAAUGAUUCUUGGUUUCAGUUACAGUACUUGACUAAAAAAAAAUUCUCCGUGCCAUCCCUACUCAUUUUUGCUGCUUUCCUGCACUUAAACACUCAAAAGCACAUAUCCCAACCAGUUCUGCCUACCUACAGCAUGUAAUAUCAAAUCUCCUUUAAAUUAAUGCUCACACACACACAAAAAUAUACUACUUGGACAUAUGUUUAAGCUCUUCAGGUUCUGAUUUCUUCCUUGCCUUCACUCUUGGUAACAAAAAUUUAAUUAUCUACAGAGAAGUGCAUUUCUCGGUUUGCUUUCUUUAAUGCUGUCCUCUGUUUCACUGUGGUGAUGACUAAAUCCUGUUAGGUACAUGUCAUCAGUGUUAUGUGAGUUUGCUUCACAAUCCUCUUGUUUAUUUGGGUGGUGGUUGUAAGGAAGAGUGACAGUGUCUUGAGGAUAAGAGUUGCUGUAGUCAGGUCUCAUGUUCAACUUAUUUAAGCCGUGGUCAUGUGGAGGCUUGCAUGGAAUGUGUGCCCUCAGAAUUCUAUACUUCCUUCUGUACCUUGCAUGUUCAUUCAUUUCCAUUUUAUAGUUUUAAUGUUACACAGAAUGACAGCUGCCCGUACAAGCAGAGCAGAGCAGAAUGUGGGAAAAGGUGCACAUAUUCCAUUUGAGCCUUUUCAUAUCUCCACUCAUGUCUAUACCAGUGACUCCACAUUUCUGACAAAUCCCUCACACUUAAUUUCACGAGAACUCCAAGUCAAAUGCUGACAUGACAGCAGGAAUUAAAGUGGAAGAUAUGUUGCAUUUCAGAUCAGAUUUUGGAGAAAAUCCAGAUAUGCUGUGGAUAUUAUGAUUGCAGCCAGACAGAGAGAUUGGAUUCCUUCUUUUCAUUUCCUUCUUGGUCAAAAUCUCUUUCCCUACUUUUCUCUCUUUCUGGUUAUUGUCCACAGCUUAAAUGUUCUUUUCCUCUUGCAAAUCAGUAAAAAAAUAAAAACAAAAAAUAUAAAUCUAUUAUGUAGAAAUAUAUAAACACAUUUUGUAUCUUGUGAUGACUAAUAAAACUUGUUUGUGAAGUGAUGCAGCAGCA